CGGUCGUCAGAUUCAACGAUCGUUGUCGACCUCGAUGCUAUCACUUUCGAGGAUACCGUCGCUUCGGGAUCACGCGGAAGUGAGGAUCAACGACAUUGUCGGCAAUGGAAUCUCCGGCAUUCUGUACAAGUGGGUCAAUUAUGGUAGGGGAUGGCGUCUGAGAUGGUUCGUUCUUCAAGACGGUGUUCUCUCCUACUACAAGAUCCAUGGCCCUGAUAAGAUCGUCAUCAAUCGAGAUACGGAGAAAGGAUCCAAAAUCAUCGGCGAAGAAUCGUUUCGCCUGAUCAGUCAUCCGAAGAGGAUCCCUUCCCAGCCUCUCCCUUGCCGCAAACCCUGCGGUGAAAUCCAUCUCAAGGUAUCGUCAAUCAGAGAGAGUCGAUCAGAUGAGAGAAGGUUUUCCAUAUUCACGGGGACAAAGAGGCUGCAUUUGAGGGCAGAGACGAGGGAGGAUUGUGUGGCGUGGAUGGAAGCGUUUAAGGCCGUGAAGGGCAUGUUCCCCCGGCUUUCCAACAGUGAGCUGCUCGAGAUAGCUCAGGCAGAUAAUAUGGUUAUAUCUACCGAUAAAUUGAGGCAGAGGCUGUUGGAAGAGGGUGUCCGAGAGGCAGUUGUCCAUGAGAGUGAGCAGAUCAUGAAAAAGGAAUUCUCCUCGCUGCAUAACCAGCUUCUGCUUCUUAAGCAGAAGCAGCUGCUGCUGAUUGACACAUUGCGCCACUUGGAGACAGAAAAGGUUGAUUUGGAGAACACUGUAGUUGACGAGACCCAAAGACAGUUGAAGUUUCAAGACACUUCCUCUAGACUACAUCAAGACAAAUACAAUGAAGGAAGCCCAAGUGAUUCUGAUGAUGACAAUGACAAACAUGAUGUAUUGGAGGAAGAAACAGAUGAUGAGAAUGAUGCCUUUUUUGAUUCUCAGGAUUUUCUCUCUUCCGGUUCAGUUAGAAGUAUUGGAUCUGAAUUUCCGAGAUCAUCAUUUGAUUCUGAGGAUGAGAUGGAUCUUGAUUGUGGCAAUGGUACUGAUUCUUGCAUUGGAUCUGUUGGAAUGAAUUAUCCUCUUGUUAGAAGGCGUAAGAAAUUGCCUGAUCCAGUUGAAAAAGAGACUGGAGUUAGUCUGUGGUCAAUGAUCAAAGAUAACAUUGGGAAGGAUCUCACCAAAGUUUGUCUUCCAGUAUAUUUCAAUGAGCCCGUCUCUUUGUUACAGAAAUGUUUUGAAGAUCUUGAAUACUCCUACCUCCUUGAUCGAGCAUAUGAGUGGGGUAAAAUGGGCGAUAGCCUAAUGAGGAUCCUGAAUGUAGCUGCAUUUGCAGUGUCAGGAUAUUCUUCUUCAGAAGGAAGAAGCUGCAAGCCAUUUAAUCCUUUAUUGGGGGAGACAUAUGAAGCUGAUUAUCCAGAUAAGGGCCUCCAAUUUAUUGCAGAGAAGGUUAGUCAUCACCCCAUGAUUGUUGCAUGCCACUGUGAGGGCCGUGGUUGGAGAUUCUGGGGUGACAGCAAUCUUAAGAGUAAGUUUUGGGGUCGCUCAAUUCAACUUAAUCCGGUUGGGGUUCUUACAUUGGAAUUUGAUGAUGGAGAAGUGUUUCAGUGGAGCAAGGUAACAACAUCCAUCUACAACCUUAUUUUGGGAAAGCUCUACUCUGAUCAUUAUGGCACCAUGCACAUACAAGGAAAUCGUGACUACUCUUGUAAAAUAAAAUUUAAGGAGCAGUCUAUGAUUGACCGAAAUCCUCAUCAGGUACACGGUGUUGUGCAGGAUAAGUCUGGAAAAACAGUGGCAACAUUAAUUGGAAAAUGGGAUGAUAGCAUCCGCUAUUUUAAUGGAGAAGUCUCUGGAAAAGGAAAAGGAUCAGAUUCGUCAGAGGCGCAUUUGAUAUGGAAAAAGCACAGACCAUCUAGAUUUCCAACCAGAUAUAACUUGACAAACUUUACAAUAACCUUAAAUGAACUCACUCCUGGACUGAAGGAGAAACUGCCACCAACAGAUUCACGACUCAGACCAGAUCAGAGAUAUCUAGAAAAUGGAGAAUACGAAAUGGCUAACUCAGAGAAGCUGCGCCUUGAACAGAGGCAGCGACAGUCCCGUAAAAUACAAGAGAGGGGAUGGAAGCCUAUGUGGUUCAGAAAGCAGAAAGGCAGUGAUACAUACAGCUAUGUUGGAGGGUAUUGGGAGGCCAGGGAAGAGGGCAAGUGGGAAUCAUGUCCUGAUAUUUUUGGACAAAUCCCUAAUGAUACAGAUUUUUGACUCUUUUUUAGUUUUUCCAGCUCUUCCUUCUUCUGCUUCUUUUCUUCUUCAAUUUCUCAAUUCUCUCCGUCAUUUUACCAACCAUAUAGAGAAAGCUUGGAUGCCAUUUCGAGCUGUAAAGAGAUCAGAUAAUUGAAAAUAAUGUACAUGUUAUU